CACCCCUCUUGCCUCUUCCCCUGUCCAUGAUUGUGGGGGCUGGGGAGUCGCUUUCCUGGAGUAUUGGGCCCUCAAAGUGGACAUGGUGGGGUGCCCUGUUGGAUAGGAGGGGAGAAGGGUGACAAGUAGCUGUGGGGUACUGGACCAGCACUUCCUGGUGGCUUUACUACCAGAAUGUGAUCCAAACCCCUGUGUAUGGAGAGGGCCCUGGGUUUCAGGCUGUUGAUGGCCAGAGAAGCCCUUUAUGACUUCAAGUCUCAUCUGUAAAAUGAGGAGGCUGGAUGGAAGGUCUUCUGUCCCCAUGCAGUAUUAUUGGCAGCCCGGGCCCAGUGAGUUACUCCCUCUGCCUGAAUUCAGGGUCGCUCUGCAGUCUGGCCUGGGAGGAGACGAGCUUUUUCCAGGCUCGGCCCCAGGCCGCCCCUGCGUGGCUGUGACGUCGGCUUCUCCCCGCCCGCCUUGGCUGGUGACGCAGGUGGCCACGCCCCCGCGCUUACGUCACCGGCCCGGUUCCCUCUCCCGGGAGCGGCGGCGGACGCGCGGCUCCCACCCCCUCCCCUCUCGCGGGUUCUCCCCUCCCCGGUGGCGGCCGCGGCCUGACCCUCUGCAAGGCGAUGGCCCGGGCCCCGAGCGCGGGCUAGUGUGCCUGGGUGCCCGGUCAUGGGCUGUAUCGGCUCCCGGAGCCCGGCGGGUCAGGGUGAAUGUUGGAGACACAGUCGCGAUGCUGCCCAAGUCCCGGAGAGCCCUAACUAUCCAGGAGAUCGCUGCGCUGGCCAGAUCUUCCCUGCAUGGUAUUUCCCAGGUGGUGAAGGACCACGUGACCAAGCCCACCGCCAUGGCCCAGGGCCGAGUGGCUCACCUCAUUGAGUGGAAGGGCUGGAGCAAGCCCAGCGACUCGCCUGCUGCCCUGGAGUCUGCCUUUUCCUCCUAUUCGGACCUCAGUGAGGGUGAACAAGAGGCUCGCUUUGCAGCCGGAGUGGCUGAGCAAUUUGCCAUUGCAGAAGCCAAGCUCCGGGCAUGGUCUUCAGUGGAUGGUGAGGACUCCACCGAUGAAUCCUAUGAUGAGGACUUUGCUGGGGGAACUGACUCAGACAUGGCUGGGCAGCUGCCCCUGGGGCCUCACCUCCAGGACCUCUUCACCGGCCACCGAUUCUCCCGGCCUCUGCGCCAGGGCUCUGUGGAGCCUGAGAGCGACUGCUCGCAGACCGUGUCCCCAGAGACCCUGUGCUCUAGUCUGUGCAGCCUGGAGGAUGGGUUGCUGGGCUCCCCGGCCCGCCUGGCCUCCCAGCUGCUGGGCGAAGAGCUGCUCCUCGCCAAACUGCCCCCCAGCCGGGAAAGUGCCUUCCGCAGCCUGGGCCCACUGGAGGCCCAGGACUCGCUCUACAACUCGCCCCUCACGGAGUCCUGCCUUUCUCCCGCCGAGGAGGAGCCAGCCCCCUGCAAGGACUGCCAGUCGCUCUGCCUGCCACCAGUGGGCAGUUGGGAACGGCAGCGGCAAGCCUCUGACGUAGCUUCUUCUGGGGUGGUGUCCUUAGACGAGGAUGAGGCAGAGCCGGAGGAACAGUGACCCAAAUCAUGCCUGGUGAUGGCAUGCGUCCCCUGGCUGCUGCUGGGGGCAGAACCUCAUGUCCACGUGUGGGCAUGAGGCUUCCAGCAGAGCUCCAAAGCCUGGAGGGCUCCUGGGAGCACUCACUCCUCCGUUGUGUGUUUUGCAUGAAAGUGUUCGGAGAGGAGGCAGGGCCAGGCUGGGGGCGCAUGUCCUGCCCCCACCCCUGGGGUUUGCCGGGAGUUGCCCGGGGCCUCUGGGGCAUGGCUGCAGCUGUGGCAGACAGUGAUGUUCAUGUUCUCAAAUCAAAAACGCCACAUACACAUUUCCUCCUCAGAUGAUGUGAAGCCCUAAGGGGGCGGUUUUGCCUGGGCUGCGUGGGACAGAGUGGAGGGAGCCCGCCCCCGCCAUGCCUCUCUCCCCUCUGCUUCUCUCCUCACUCCCGAGUCCAUGUGCAGUGCUUGACAGAAUCACUCCCACGCGGGGCGAGGCGGGCUGGGUGUCACCCUCCUGGAGCCUGUGGCUUGAACCGUCCCCAAGGGCCCCUCGCCCGGCUGGGCUCGUGCUGUGCUUCACCUCUCCAUCAUCUCUAAAUCUUCUUCUUUUUCCGUAAGAAAGAGGGGUUUUGGUCUGUUCUUUCAGUCGGAUCUUCUCUGGGAGGCAUUAGAAUGAUGAAAGCAUGGACCCUCUACCCUUUUCCUGGACCCUGUGAUGGGGUCUGGGCCCUUCCCAGUUCCUUGUAGGAUGUGUGGGCAGGGUCCUCGUGGCUCCCAGCACACCAGACUGCUCCAUUCACCCAGAGUUCUCUUUAGGGUGGAGUUGGAAGGGGUGGCUCUGCUUGCUAGAGCUGCGACUUCGAUGUUCUUCCAGAGAGGGCCACAAGGGGGCCACAGGGGUGGCCGGGCAGUUGUCUGCUGAUGCCUAAGCUGGGCAGGAAUUGUGCCAAUGAGUGACAGUCAUGAGGGAGUGUCUCUCCUUGGGGAGGAAGGAGGGUUAGUGCCUUUCUUGGCUGAACGAAAGGCCAAAGCCACUGUACUGAGGGCCUCUGCCCUAGCUAGUGUGGAUGACCAGCAGUGGAGGCCUCUAGAGCCUGCAUUCCACGGACAGCAGGCACUGGAGUUUUAUGGCCGUGAGGGGUGGGGGUAGCUGCAGAAUUCGGAACCUUGUAGGCUUUGGCAGGUAAGAGGGCCCAAGGUAAGAACAAGAGCCGAUGGGCACAGGCAUUCUAUAUAUAAGUGGCUCAUUAGGUGUUUAUUUUGUUCUAUUUAAGAAUUUGUUUUAUUAAAUUAAUAUAAAAAUCUUUGUAAA